GUGAUGGGGCCGACGUUGGUUGCUGCAGCAUUCAGACCAUUGCUCCUGAGGUCUCCGAAUCCAUACUCGAUCUUUAUGAGCAGUGGCGAGCGAACGUUGACGCGGAAUGCGGCCGAGAAGCCCGCGGGCCAUGCCGGCAUUCGGAACGGAGAUGCUUAUCAAAUCAGUAAAGCGGUGUUGAAUAUGCUUGCGAUACCGGAGACGAGAUUAUGGUCCACAGGGGCUGAAGGUGUUUGCGAUGAGCCCAGGGUUCGUGAAGUCGAAUCUGCGUGGGACCGAUGAGGAGGCGAGGAGUGGGUGGGGUAAAGCUGGGGAUCCGGAGGUUUCGGGGGAGCUUGUUCUGAGCAUUGUGGACGGGAAGCGAGAUGCGGAUGUAGGACUUUUGGUCCAUCAUGAUGGUGUCUAUCCGUGGUGAAGAAAGAAGGAAGAAAGCAGUUUAGUAGCGAGUGUGUUUCUCCAUCCUGGGAUAGUAAAUCAAGCUUGGCCCUCUCACAAGCACCCUUCUGGCCAUGGAAAUGGUCUUAAACAAAUUAUGCCCCGAAGAUAUCAAGUACGUGCGUUACGUGUACAAACCAGUGCGCCCCGCGAAUAAUGAAAUUGGCAAAACCGACAUGUCUUCAUAGGGGUUCACCGUACAAUGCCUCAUCAUAGGAAUCCAUACACUCG